CGAUGACCGCGCGUUUUGUCUGAUCAUAAUUUCAACAACACAAGACAACACACAAAAACAUUCCAUCCAAUUUCUAAUGAUUUUUAUUGAAAAAAAUGGAUAAUAAACAAGAAAAUAAUGAACAAAUGAAUGUUUAUGGGAUGUAUAUACAAAAAUAUUUUUGUGAUUUACAACAUUUACAACUACAACAUGGACGUUUAUGGCAAUCAUAUCGUGAAUUACAAAUCAAAUCAUCAAAACAAACAGGUGGCCAUCAUUCCAAUAAUCCUCAUCAUCAUCAUAAUGAUACAAAAACCGAUGAUGAAUUACGACAAGAAUUGGAACAAGAAAAAAUGAUAAAUAAAUCAUUAACUACUGAAAUGGCACAAAUUGUUGAUAAUAUGAAAACACUUGAAACUAGACAUAAAGAAUUUUUGGCCAUUUUUAAUAAAGACAAUAAACAAGAUUCUCGUAUUAAAGAAUUGGAAAAUGAAAACAAAGAAUUACGAGAAACACUGGAUUUUGUAACAUCCGAAAAUACUGUAUUCAAAGAUUUGGAAGAACGUGCUUUCAAUGAAAAACGUGAAUGGAUAGAAGAGAAAAAAAAAUUCGAAGAAGUAGUCGUUUGGUCCAAACAUUUGAAUGAUAAAUACAAGACAACAUUAGCACAAAAUGAAAAAUAUGGCCAACAAAUGGAUAAAUUUCUCAAUUGUAUUCAUGAUACAUUCAUCCAAUGUUCCAAUGAUAAUGAUUUAUCAUUAUUGAUUGAAGAUUUUCGAAAAUGUUCAAUCAAUAAUGAAUCUUUCGAUAAGAAAUUGGAAAUUGCCGAAAAAUUUCUCAAAUCAUUGCCAAAACAACAUAGUGAUAUUGUCAAUAAUAAUGAUAAUAAUAACAAUAACAAAUUAGAUUCAAAAUUGAAAAUUUCCGACCAACAAAAAGAGAAUAUUCAAUGUUUAAAAACUGAGAUAGCUGAAUUGAAAAAUUUACUGAUCAACAAUGGUAUGUCUUUGGAACAGAUCAAUUUAAAAUUAGAAAAUACUGAAUUGUCCGAAAAAUUGCGACUGAAAGAAGAAACAUUGGAAAAAUUGAAAGAAAAAUUUGCUCGUAAUCGUGCCGUAUUGGAAGAGAAUCAUCGAAGAUCAUUGGAUGAGAUUAAAACAUUGGAUAAUUUUAUUGCCAUCAUUAUUAACAAGCUAAAUAAAUUGCCUGAAGAUUUGAAAAAACACAACGAAUUAAAAGAAUUGAUUACAAUUGUCAAUGAAAAUGAUUCCGAUCCUGAUAAAAAAAAAAUGAAACGAAAUAGCUCUGGAUUAUCGAAAAAUUUACUCCAAAUGAAAUUCAUGCAAAGGAGUAAAGAAAAUUAUGAGAAUGCCGAGAAAGCUGAACAACAACGUCGUCAUGAACAACAACAAUCAUCAUCAAGACAACAAGAACUAUUGGAAUUAUGUCAAAAAGAAGGUGAUAAAUUUCUGGCAACAAAUAGUUUUAUUUUUUGUGAAAAUCUUGAAUACGGUCGUAUGUCAUUUAAAGGUAUGAAUCCUGAAAUUGAACAAUUGAUGCGUAUAAAACAUAGUCAACAUGAAAAUGAUGAUGGCAAUGAAUCGACCAUGGAAACAAAAAAGACAGCCAAAGAUGAAGCCGAUGUAUCCGAUGAUGAGAUGACCAAUGUUUUGACGAGAAGAAAAAAGAAAAGACAUUCAUCAUGAUUCAGCAUCACCAGCGAACAAAAUCUUGUAAAUAGAUCAAAUACAAAAAAAAAAUUAAAAUUUUAUUUCAUUGAAAUUAAUA